UUUGACCCUCUGCGGCUUCUGUCCGCUUCUUCCGUUCCGGAGGUGGUGGGGCCCUAGGCGGCCACCGUCCGCGCGGCUGGUUCAUCCCCUUGGCCGGGUGCGGGCGGCAGGAGCGAGUUGACACGGAGCCGCCGGGCGGGAGCGGGAGGGCAGCGGCGCCGCCGCCAUGAGCCGCAGCUACAACGAUGAGCUGCAGUACCUGGACAAGCUCGACAAGAACUGCUGGCGCAUCAAGAAGGGCUUCGUGCCGAACAUGCACGUGGAGGGCGUUUUCUACGUGAACGACCCGCUGGAGAAGCUCAUGUUCGAGGAACUGCGCAAUGCCUGCCGCGGCGGAGGUGCAGGUGGCUUUUUGCCUGCUAUGAAACAGAUUGGGAAUGUGGCUGCAUUACCUGGCAUUGUUCAUAGAUCAAUAGGCCUUCCAGAUGUCCAUUCAGGCUAUGGGUUUGCCAUUGGCAACAUGGCUGCCUUCGAUAUGAAUGAUCCUGAAGCAGUGGUGUCACCAGGUGGUGUCGGGUUUGACAUCAACUGUGGUGUCCGCUUACUACGUACAAAUUUGGACGAAAGUGAUGUACAGCCUGUGAAGGAGCAGCUCGCUCAGGCUAUGUUUGACCACAUUCCUGUUGGUGUGGGCUCCAAGGGUGUCAUCCCCAUGAAUGCCAAGGAUUUGGAAGAGGCUCUCGAAAUGGGUGUGGACUGGUCUCUCCGGGAAGGCUAUGCCUGGGCAGAGGACAAGGAGCACUGUGAGGAAUAUGGAAGAAUGCUGCAGGCUGAUCCCAACAAGGUUUCCUCAAGAGCAAAGAAGAGGGGCCUCCCUCAGCUGGGGACCCUGGGAGCAGGAAACCAUUAUGCCGAGAUCCAGGUAGUGGAUGACAUUUACAACGAAUAUGCUGCGAGGAAAAUGGGCAUCGACCACAAGGGGCAGGUGUGCGUAAUGAUCCACAGCGGCAGCAGAGGUUUGGGCCACCAAGUUGCCACAGAUGCAUUGGUGGCUAUGGAAAAAGCCAUGAAACGGGACAAAAUCAUAGUGAAUGAUCGCCAGCUGGCAUGUGCCAGGAUUGCCUCUGCAGAAGGACAGGAUUACCUGAAGGGAAUGGCAGCUGCUGGGAACUAUGCAUGGGUCAACCGCUCUUCUAUGACUUUUUUAACAAGACAGGCCUUUGCCAAAGUCUUCAACACAACCCCAGAUGACCUUGAUAUGCAUGUUAUCUAUGAUGUAUCUCACAACAUUGCCAAAGUGGAGCAACAUGUAGUGGAUGGAAAAGAGCGGACUCUUCUGGUGCACAGGAAGGGAUCAACCAGGGCCUUCCCUCCUCACCAUCCCCUUAUUGCUGUUGAUUACCAACUGACUGGACAGCCUGUUCUGAUUGGCGGGACUAUGGGCACCUGUAGCUACGUUCUUACUGGCACAGAGCAAGGCAUGACUGAGACCUUCGGAACUACUUGUCAUGGAGCUGGUCGUGCACUGUCUCGAGCCAAAUCUCGACGUAACUUGGACUUCCAGGAUGUAUUGGACAAACUGGCUGACAUGGGCAUUGCCAUCCGUGUUGCUUCUCCCAAACUGGUUAUGGAAGAAGCACCAGAGUCUUACAAGAACGUGACAGAUGUGGUUAACACCUGCCAUGCAGCUGGCAUCAGCAAGAAAGCCAUUAAAUUGAGACCUAUUGCUGUUAUUAAAGGCUAGGAACUGACAAAGCAGCAGAAGCCUACUGACAUCUCUAGGCCUUUCACAAAACUGACUAGAAUCAUCAUCUUCCCAUACCUCUUGGACUCUGUAGGAUGCUCAGAUAUCACAUCCCUGUUCUGGAAAUACAGGCAAUUGAGGAUGCCCCUAUCUUUAACCACUCCUAGACAUAAUUAAUGCCCCCCCUUCCACCUCCUUUUUUUAUAUGAUGCUCUUUUCUUAUGAUGAAAGAGCAAAAAAAAAAAAAAACAGUUCUGGUUUUGUAUGCAGUCCUUCCCCCACAGCUGUACAUGAUGAUUCCACUGGUGGGACUUCAGACUUACCCGAGUUGUCACUACUUGCUAUGCUGCAAGACCACCUCCUUCAGCGAAGAGGGCAUAUGAACCAGAUCUGCUGUCUCCAUACCUGAGGGCCUAGAACUCUUUCUGCAUACUGUACUCUGGUAGGCAGGGUGUGGCCCUUUUGGGCAGGGAGAGGUUGCUCUUUUUGCAGAUGGUUCUAUGCGUGGUCUAUAUUGCUGCGUGUAUUGUGGUAAUUGAGUAAGAAAUACCAAGUUGGGAGGGGUCUCCCAGUUGAGAGGAACUAGCUAGGCUUGAGGCACAGUCCUCUCCUCUUCCCCCACCCUGUCCCCUUUAACACAUCACCUGCCAUACUGACUCAGUACAGGAAGGUGUUCCACAAAAUCCUGUGGAAAUGCAAGUAGGAUUGAAUAUGUUGCUUUGAAAGGUUUUUGCCCUGUAAAAAGUUGUGACUUAACAACCAAUAGAGAUGUGCUAAUCCAACGUUUUGCAAAGGCCUAAGCAUGUAAAAGUUGGAUCAGAUAGUGUUGCUCACUGUGUUCUGCAGCUCUCUGAUUUGAGUCCAAUUGCAAGGUUUGGCCCAAUAUGGUUUGACUGCUCUCAGCCAAUUAUUUUUCUUUCAUGUUCAUUAACUGACUGGAGGGAGGGGCUGACCAUCAGAAUUGGAAUGCGUAGGGGACUUAUAAAUAAAAUGGGAAGAUAGACACUGUA